UGUGAAGUGGGCGUGGCGUCUCAGCUGAUAGCAGAUCACAGGACCUGGUUCUCCCCCGAUGUUUUCCUUUUCUACAGACUAAAACACAGUGAGAGUUGAACAUCUGAGCAUCAAACAUGUCUUUCGGUAAAGCAGAGUUCCGUCCGGUCCCAAAGGACUUCAGCACGAUGAUCCAGACCUGCAGCUCCAACAUCCAGAAGAUCACACAGAACACUGCGCAGAUCAAGACGAUGGUGAGCCAGCUGGGGACCAGUCAGGACACCAGCGAGCUUCAGGACCGCCUGCAGCAGAUCCAACACUACACAAAUCAGCUCGCAAAAGAAACCAACAAACACCUGAAAGAGUUGGGAUCCAUCUCUCUGUCCCCAUCCCCUUCAGAGCAGAGGCAGCAGAAGAUCCAGAGGGACCGGCUCAUGAACGACUUCUCAGCAGCUCUCAACAACUUCCAGGCGGUCCAGCGGCGAGCGGCGGAGAAGGAGCGGGAGUCGAUAGCCAGAGCGAGAGCCGGGUCCCGCCUCUCUACCGAAGACAAUUUCCGGGAUGAAAAACUUGUCUCUUUCGAUAACCAAGAGGACUGGGGUCAGAUGACCGCCCAGACACAAGAAGAGGCCAUCACCGAGGAAGACCUGGAGAUCAUCAAGGAGAGAGAAACCAACAUCAGACAGCUGGAGUCGGACAUCAUGGACGUAAACCAGAUCUUUAAGGACCUGGCAGUGAUGAUUCAUGACCAGGGAGAGAUGAUCGAUAGCAUCGAGGCUAACGUGGAGAACGCUGAAGUUCACGUAGAACGAGGGGCGGAGCAGCUUCAGAGAGCAGUUUACUACCAGCAAAAGUCCCGUAAGAAGAUGUGCAUCCUGGCUCUGGUGUGCUCCAUCGCUCUCGUUAUUCUCAUCCUCAUCAUCUACUUCGCCUCGAAGUGAGCUGAUGUCCCUGCUGGCGUUUCAGCACUCCAUUUUACCCCUCUGCCCGCCCCCUCCCAUGUAAACACCCCCCGAAUCACCAGGACUCAAGCGGCUGAUCAGCCAUCAAAUGGCUGAGCUUUAACUAUUAUUGAUGAAGAAACGGAGGACUGGGGGGUGUCGGGAAGCGGCCUAAUUCCUGAGAUUCCCUCAUUUUAGUCUCUUAUUUACUGCACUAACACUAGCUGUCACUGUAUUUCAAAUCUAGAAACGUGGUUGGAAUGACUAAAAGAAACAAUGCAUCCUGUUCAGGUAAUCUGUCAUUUUUAUGUCUUAUGGAACAUGUUGUAAAUGAAAGCUGAACCAGUAAAAUACCAGUAUGAUUCACAUUUAUGUCCGAGUGUUCUGUAGAAAAACUGAAAUGGAAGAGCAGUCUUCAAAUAAAACAUUUUAAGAUGAUGUCUGUGACUCAGAAUGUAUAAUAAAUGUCUUCAGCACGU